AUCAUUGCAAAAUUUGUCAGUAUCAACUGGGAAUAUCACAAUUUUUGUAAUUUUCAAAAUUCAAACGAUCUGGCAGCACUAAAGAUGGCCACACUGCGCUUCUUGGGUCGCCGGAGGAUUGUCGACUGUUGUCGACGACUACUGAGCACGGAUUUGGUCACAGCUCUACGUCCUUUUUACCAGGCCAUUCAGACGGAUCGCCUGGCUCACAGUCCGGCAGAGAAGCGGGUUAACGAGGAGUCAUUGCGGCUGCUCAGCUCCCAUUUGGAGUCCCUGACUGGAACGUCACCGGGCAGUUGUCUUCCGCCCGAUGGUCAGCUGGAGUUCUACAUGCCCUCCAGUUCGGAUGAGACCGGUGGGCAGGUGGUAAGCCGUUUGGUUAGAGUGCAGGUGGACCGGAGUCUGCUGGACCCCAGGGCGGUGAUAAGGAAUAUCCUGAGGUCCUGUAAACUGCUGCCCAAGGAGAAGGAACAUAACCAGGUUGGGCAGCGACAAGAACAUGAGAUGGAAAAAGAGUUGGAAAAAGUGCUGAGGAAGGAAGAAUUAAAGCCGGUCAGGGAGAAAGUAAGACCGCCCCAGGCGCCGGCGGCAGUUCAAAAAAACUUUAGCGCCCUGAAGGACAGCCUCUUUAAGGAUACCCAAGGGGAGCACUCCCUGGACACCUGGAUGCGUCAGGCCCUGGCCCGUUUCCAGACCUUUGAGGUCACCUCUCUUCGCACCAAAAUCGAGGCUCUAGAGAGUUUACUGGUCCAAUUGCUGGGCAUUCGUGGAACCCGUUACGAUUGUGGCUGCAACAUGGAGCGCUAUUACCAUUGCCUUCGGAAUCUUCAAGAGUUGUCGGAGGAUCGUAAAGUCACCAGUCAGCUGGGAGCACUGCGAAAUCGAUAUGUGGUCUUUGCCCCGUACACUGGAAUUAGUUUGGAGGGUGAUGUGAUGCUCUUCUCCGGUGAUUCCCCCUUGGGUUGGCUGGCUUUUCUUGCCGAGAUGCGUUUGCACGAGGAGCAACUGAAGUUGGUUCCAUUGUACGAGAAAGCCCUGUCCGCCGUACUGCUUGGGAUACGGAUUGAGAGGCGUAAGGUUCCGGAGCCGGGAUGUGAGGCCCGUGCCUAUGCGGGCAGCUUGAAGCGGGUCAUCCGGGCGGUCAGCGAGCAUUUGAAGCUGGAGGAGAGUGUCCAAGAGCUGCCGGCAUCGCUGCAGGAUCAUCAAUUGGCCAUUGUGCCGGACAGUGAUGCACCGAAGGUCAGUCAAACUGGUCUUUUCCUGGCACCCGCCUCCUGUUCGGGUCCCCAACUUGUGGAGUUCAUCUGCCGCAAUUUGGAUGUGGCUAGUGGCCGAUUCAGUCGCUAUCGCCGGGACAUCCAGGUGGAGCGGCAAUUGUGGCGGCAAUGCCAGGAGGAACUCGGUCUGCAGCGACUCAGCAAGGACGAUUCCGUGACCCCAGACAAAAUGGUCCAGGCCCUGCGGCAUUUACUCCAAAGUGGCGUCAAGUCCUGCCGAGGUCUUAGUCUACACAUAACCAACUAUUGGUCGGUGCCCACCGAUGGCAUCGUCUGCAUUCCCUGGAACUUUAUGUCCCGCGACAAAUAGAAACUUCCAUACGAUGUCAUUAAAAAAGUUGU